GUGGAAAGUGGUCGUGUGAGUAACGCUAAUUAAAAAUAGAUACUCCUACAAAACCAGCUUUUAGUCCAAAACCCUUGUGUUGUGAAGCUUGAAAUUGAGUCUAAAACCCUUUGAACUUUGCAACUGGUGCAUCAAUGGCGUCUAUGAUAUUCACCGACUGUUCAUCGUCCACCACGGCUCGUCUUCUCCCGCUAACCCGAAACCCACUAUUCCGCUCAAGAGACGGCGUCGUGCUCCUCCGGCGCCUUGUGACACUGGCACCCUCAAACUUCAGCAGUUCCCGCAGGGCACUCACCUUUGGUUCGUCUUUACCUUCACCGUCGACCCGUGUCACCGCUUCAUUUGCUACUGAAGCAUCGGCUACGGCUAAAGUGAUUGAUGGAAAAUCAAUUGCGAAGCAAAUAAGGGAUGAAAUAAGUGUUGAGGUGGCGAGGAUGAAGGAUGCAAUAGGUGUGGUUCCAGGGUUAGCAGUUAUAAUUGUUGGGGACAGGAAGGAUUCGGCUACUUAUGUUCGGAACAAGAGGAAAGCUUGUGAGUCUGUUGGGAUCACCUCUUUUGAAGUUCGUUUGCCCGAGGAUGCCACAGAGCAAGAAGUAAUCAAGCACAUCUCGGAGUUCAAUAAUGAUUCUUUAGUUCAUGGCAUUCUUGUUCAGUUACCUCUGCCUUCUCAUAUGAAUGAAACAAACAUCUUAGAUGUUGUUAGCAUUGAGAAAGAUGUUGAUGGAUUCCACCCGCUUAACAUGGGUUGUUUAGCCAUGCGUGAUAGGGAACCAAUGUUCGUUCCUUGUACACCAAAAGGAUGCAUAGAAUUGUUGCAUAGAUCUGGCAUCACUAUCAAAGGAAAGAAGGCAGUUGUAGUUGGUCGGAGCAAUAUUGUUGGCAUGCCAGCUGCUUUGUUGCUGCAGAAUGAAAAUGCUACUGUCAGUAUAGUCCAUUCUCGUACCCCAAAUGCCGAGGAGCUCACCAGACAGGCAGAUAUAAUAAUUGCAGCUGUAGGUGUGCCAAAUAUGGUGAGGGCUAAUUGGAUAAAACCUGGUGCUGUCGUUAUUGACGUCGGAAUUAAUCCAGUUGAGGAUGCUAAGAGCCCUCGAGGAUACAGGCUGGUUGGGGAUGUGUGUUAUGAAGAAGCAUGCAAGGUAGCUUCAGCCAUCACUCCAGUUCCUGGUGGAGUUGGUCCAAUGACAAUAGCCAUGCUUCUCGAUAAUACGCUCAUCUCAGCUAAGAGGGCAUAUAACUUCAAGUAAGACUUUCAAAAUCUGUGUUCCUUGAGCAAAAUUUUCAAUUCAAAUGCAGUUUUAGCAGCUAUCUGACCUUUAAUGAUGAGCUCCUUAGUAUUACUUUUGUAUGGGAAAGGAUAUUAAACAGAUAAUUGGGUUUCACAAGUUGCCAGAUUGUAAAUAACAAGGCUGAUAGUUGCCUACUUUUUGAUGCGAUAUUUAUUAUUUUCUUACAAAUGAGUUCAGAUUAGAAAGUGUUGUAGAGCUCUUUGUAAACAGAGCAUCUGCUUUUUCGUUUCCUUAUCGCGACAUUUGAUGGUCCUUGUACACAGAAUACAGGUUGGUAUUCUUGUGACAUUGCUCCACCAUCAAUCUCUGAAAUGUAUUCAUUUAUGGUUCGAUCAUUCGCUACAUUUUCUAUUAAAGAUUUUUCCAAAUUGUCUUC